UUUUUUUAUUUGUUUUUCCUUCAGAGUGGCGGGCUUUUCAGAAAGAUUUUGUGUCGUGUGUAAUUUUUGGUGCAGUUUCGAGCUGACAGCUGCAGACAUGUCAGUUAUCAACUUAAGUCGUAUAAAUUUAGAAAGUCCAGUAAAUAUGUUCGCGAUAGCAAUAUUGGUCAAAGAUGUCCCCGAGAAAGCUGCAGGAUUUUGCAAACAUCGAAUAAACAAGUUUUAUACUCCCUAAUUCACUUUCUAAUGUGAUUGUAUUCAGUGCACGUUGCCCAUUGGUUACUAUCAUUUGAUGAUCAAAAUUGAUUCAUAUAAAGUUUUCAAAUCUUAACACGCCGCUCAAACAUUUUGGAUUUUCAAUUGACGCGCAUUCUUUAAUAUGAUAAAAUAAUUUGGCGUGUGUUUAAGACUUCAAAUAUAAAUGAUUAACGUUUUCAGUAAUUUCAUUGCUCGCCGUAAUUAUAGCGCAUUGGCAAUAUGGGUUCAUAUGUCGAAAUACCUGUAGGUUCAAGCCAGUCAACACGGUAUGAAACUGUUCAUUUAUUGGUUAAUUUGGCGAAAACUUGUAGCUUAUUCAGUUGUAGUUGCAUAUUAUCAAGCUAGGAAGUUCGUUACAACUUUCUGUUCCACAUUUUUAACAUGCAUUUCGAACGUGGAUAAAUUAAUUUUAUAUGUAGGUCUCACCGUGAUAGAUCUUUGUCUAAAAGAAGGACAGAUAGCCGAGGUAAGGACUGCCUGACAGAUAUUUGAGCCCAAUGCAAUUGGGAGAAGAUUGGUUAUAAUUAACGUUAGAUUGGGUUUGCCUAAAUCACGUGAAUCAAAAAGAAUAUUUGCUUCUUGAACAGGGAUAUUAAAAGCUCCCUCUCUCAUCCUGACACGGCUGUGGUAGUCAGAUUUGUAUUGACGUAAGUGUUUAGUAGAUGUUAAACCCUAAACUUCGUUCCUCAUUACAUUAGGCGUGUAUAUCAGUGUGUCUCCCGUAUAUUGUGGUAGCUAGUCGUUCUCGAGUUGGUUAUUUGGAAGUUUCUUCCCAUGAGCACUAUUUCCAUGUUGACAGUAAUUUGCUCUGAAUGAGAGGAAGAUGCAGUUGAAGAAGAAACAUAUUAUUACUGGAUGGACAUAAUGGAGUGGACACCAUUAAUGCACGCUGCUAGAAAUGGUGAAGUGGAAACAGUUCAGAAACUCUUGAAAUCUAAAGAAAAAAUUCAUUUAAAAAAUAUGAUGGGAGCUAAUUUACUUACGUUAUCUGCUGCAAGUGGCAAUAAAUCAGUUUUUAAAAUGAUACUUGGAGAAAUGAAGAACAUGUCAGCUGAAAAUACGGUGGAUCUAUCUUGGGGUUUGCGGGUUGCUGCACUGUUUGGCCACACAGAUAUUGUCCAGUUCAUACUGAAUGCUAAAUGUGAUCCCAAUGCAAAAGAUCCUGUGUCUGGAGCCACUGCACUGAUGCUAGCAACAUCAUGUGGACACUAUUCUGUUGUGAGACUGAUUCUGGCAUAUGGUGCACUCGUUCACAGUACAAAUGUGUUCUGCCAGUCAGCUAUUGAUAUAGCUGAAUCAAAGCAGUAUAAUGAUCUUGUAGAACUCUUGAAAACGAAAGUAGCACAUGAUAGCAAAAAGUUUCGUCCCAACUUCUUGAUGCCUUUAGAAAUGCCAAAAAUGGAUUAUAGAGUCAAAAAAUUAGAUACAGUUUCAGGUGCCACAGAUAUCCUUUCAAAGACAGCUGCUUCUCCUACAGCUAACAGGUUCAAUUUUGCAACAGAGGAAUUGUUGUCUCCCCAGUCUACAUAUAUGCCAAAAGUAGCAGACCCCGUUUAUUUGUCACCUAUGACUUCGCUGCAAAUGUGUGGCUGUGAAACUUAUAGUCCUGGUGACUCCGUCUUUCUUUCUGAAUAUCAAGCCUGCAAGAAAACAGAUGACAAAACGAAACAAAUUGUUUCUCAGCCUGGUAAGGCAGUGGAAAUGGAGCGUUCGUCAAAUGAUGUGCGUUAUUACCUCAGUCCACACAAUUGUCAUUUCCCUAAAAAGUUUGAGGUUCCAAAAAAGCAAGAAUUUUCAAGAAACAUUGAGAAAAGCAUUCAGGAAGAAAAGUUUCAAGAUAAUUUUGAACUUUCUUAUAACAAAAUGUUUCAAUAUGGCACGUGCAGUCAGCCCAGUUCUCCAUAUUCUCCUUCACCAAAUCCUGUUUCACCAACAUCAAGAAAUGUAUUCUCACAUAGUGACCCUUCUGUAAUUGAUGAACUGAAUGGUGGAACUGAGAGACAGAAACGUAAAAAGAAAGCCUUUUGGCAUGUUAUAAGGAGAAGGGUGCGCAGUCUUGCACAUGAUAAAAAUGGGUACCAUUUUUACCAUCCUUACUGUGAUUCUGCUGUUUUUCAAAAAAGCACAAUAUCAUCUCCUCGCGUUUGGAUGGACGAUAAUCUGAAAUUCAAGUCUACUGAGGCAAAUCCAGAAGGAGAAAAGGAUGAGUCUACUUGUAAAAUGGUAGUAUCUCCAUUUUCUUCCAAUGUGGAAUCUGAAAAAAGCUAUAAAAAUACUCCAUCUGUUCAGAAAGAAAGGCCGGUUAAAAGCAAGUUUAAGGAGUUCCUUUGUGCAAAUGGGCUUCAUCAUUGUAUUGACAUACUUUUUGAACAUGAGCUUGAUUUGGAGACAUUCUUUGAACUACGUGACAUGGACCUUAGAGAAAUUGGAAUAACCAGCAGAGAGGACCGCAGGAAGAUUCUGAACGUUAUUGCUUCCCAAAGCCAUUACUGUACUUGACUUCUGUGAAUAGAUUUGUGUAAAAUAUUAAUUGCAUAACUCUGGACAAGGCAUAGUCCUUUGUUGUUUGUGUGUGUGUGUGUGUGUGUGUGUGUGUGUGUGUGUUUGUUUUACUUGUUAUGUUGUAUAUUUGAUUCAAUUUGUAGAUGGCGAUUGACUAUAAUGUAAUUAAAAAAUGGACAGUAGCAAAAACAUAUAAUGUAAAACUACUAAUUAAACACUCAGUAAAUUGUGGAUAAAUUUCUCUCACUUUGUUGCAUCCAGUAUUUUUGUAAUGAGAACCUUAACAGAAAUAGGAACUGAUUGUCCAUUUAUGGUGUCUAC